AUGGCUGAUACUGCGCGUCAACAAAACCUCAAUUUGACCCCCGAGGAGAAACGGGCCUUUUACCAGCUCUUCCAGGCCGCCGACACCACCAACCUCGGCGUCAUCACCGGCGAGGUCGCCGUUCCCUUCUUCGAGAAGACCAAACUGGCUCCGGAGACUCUCGGCUUGAUAUGGCAGAUUGCAGAUAAGGAGAACCGGGGUCUGUUGACUCCCUCUGGGUUUGGAAUUGUCUUGCGCUUGAUUGGGCACGCCCAAGCGGGCCAGGCACCGACGGAAGAACUGGCGCUACAACCCGGCCCGUUGCCCAGGUUCGACGGCGUGGUGAUUGAUGUACCGCCCGCACCCCGUGAGGCCGGCACCACCAGUCCGCCGCCUGCCGCCGGCGCCCCGAUUCGAGUCCCUCCCCUGAACCCCGACGAUGUCAAUAAAUUCGUGUCUCUGUUUGACAAGUCGGACGUCGCCGGGACUGGGGUCCUCUCAGGUGAAAUUGCGAAACAGAUCUUUGAACGUGCCCGGCUGCCGAAUGAUAUCCUGGGUCGCAUAUGGAACUUGGCCGACACCAAGCAGCGCGGUGCUUUGGAUGCGACCGAAUUUAUCAUCGCCAUGCAUUUCUUGACCUCGUACAAAUCGGGCGCUAUGAGAGGCAUCCCGCAAGUUCUGCCCCCCGGUCUCUACGAAGCUGCCGCGCGCCGAGGAUCCGCUCGUGGGUCGGUGGGCUCGCGACCCGGCCUGGAUGUGCCCCCGGUCCCCGCCAUCCCUAAGCAAUUCACCGGCCCCCAGCGCACCCAGAGCCCCAUCAACCGACAGCAGUUUGGUUCCCCGCUCUCGGCGCAGUCGACCGGCGGGGAGUGGCUCAUCACGCCCGCGGAGAAGAACCAGUUCGACAGCAUCUUCGCGACGAUCGACACCGCCAAGCUGGGCUCCAUCAGCGGCGACCAGGCCGUGGGCUUCUUCAUGAACGCACAGCUGCCCGAGGAGACGCUCGCCCAGAUCUGGGAUCUUGCGGACAUCGAUGCUGACGGACAGCUGACCAAGGACGAGUUUGCCGUCGCCAUGUACCUGGUCCGUCUGCAGCGUAGUGGCAAGGAGCCGAUCCCCCAGGUCUUGCCCCCCGCCCUGAUCCCCCCCAGUAUGCGUCGCCGGGGCUCCGGGUUUGUCGCGCCGGCGGUGGGCCCCGCGCAACCGCCGGCUCCCGCCUCCGUUCCCGCCCCGCCGCCCCCCCCACGGACGGCGGCUGAUGACCUGUUCGGCCUGGACUCGGCCCCGGCGCCCGCUGUGCCGGCCGCCCCCUCCCAGGUCGCGCAGUCGACGGGGGGCUCAAACUCCGUCUUCCAGACGCCGGCGUCGCCAUCGCGCGCGUCCCCGCCGGGUCCGUCCCCCGCCGCCACCUCCUUCAAGCCGUUCAUUCCGAGCUCCUCCUUCGGUCAGAGCCUCCAGCCCCAGGUGACGGGUGGUGCUCCGCCCGCGGUCCGGUCCCCGCCCCCGCCGGCCGAUGAUCUGCUGGGCGACAAUGACCCCGAGGAGUCCAAGAAAUUGACGAGUGAGACCACGGAGCUGGCCAAUCUCUCCAACCAGAUUGGGUCGCUGGCGAACGAGAUGCAAAACGUGCAGACGAAGCGGACCGCCGCCGAACAGGAUCUGACGCAGAGCUCGCAGCAGAAGCGGGACUUCGAGACCCGCCUCGCGCAGGCUCGGGCCAUGUACGAGCAGGAAGUCAAGCAGUACAAGGCGCUGGAGGAGCGGCUCACUGCCUCCCGCACCGAGACCAAGAAAUUGGAGCAGGAGUUUGCCCUCCUGGACGGGAGUCGGCAGGACCUGCAGAACCAGUACGACCAGAUCUCCGCGGCCCUCUCCGCCGACACCCAGGAGAACGCCAGCCUGAAGGAGCGGAUCCGCCAGGCCAAUGCCGUGGUGGCCCAGCUGAAGCCCGCGCUCGACAAGGCGCGCUCCGAGGCCCGGCGCCAGAAGGGGCUGGUCGCCAUCAACAAGAAGCAGCUCGCGACAGUCGAAGGCGAGCGCGACAAGCUGCAGGAGGAGAUCGCGGACGCUUCCCCGGAAUCGGCUUCGGAGCCGGUGCCGGAGGAAGACCGGGCUGCCACGCCCGCAGCUCCCACGGCCAGCCCGCCGCCCGUCACGAGCCCCGCGGAAUCGACCACCAGCCAGAACACGAACCCCUUCUUCCGACGUACCGUCACGGGUUCCAGUGACGGCAAUCAGCCGUCGCCGCAGGUCUCGAAUGACCAGCAACGCGCAUUCGACAGCCUGUUUGGACCGUCCUUCGGCGCGCCGUCGGCCGGCGCGCCGCCCCCACCGACGUCCUUCGGCGCCCAGUCCCCAAGCACGUCGCGGGUCCCGACCCCUUCCAUGUCCCCGCCGCCGCCUCCAGAGUCUCGGCAGCUGACCCCGGGCGUCCUGCCGAUCACCGAGAUCCACACGCCGACCUCCUCCACGAUGGCCUCCCCGCCGGCCAGUCGGUCGGGCGGCCCGGAUACCGCCAGCCAGGGGGCACCGAGCGAGGCUGCCGGACCGACCUCAGCCGCCUCCCCGUUCGAUGAGGCGGAAGACCCCAAGGAGCGCUUCCCUGAAGUCCCCGGUCUUCCCCAGGAUGCCGCUGCGCGCGCGGUGUCCCCGACGACGGCCGAAGGCAAGCAGCCGGAGAAGAAGGACCCGACCUUCGACGAGCUCUUUGGCGGCCCUGCGCACCAGCGCACCCAGUCGCAGAAGGAGAACGAUUUCGACGAAGCCUUUGCGUCCAUGAAGCAGGGGAGCCAGCCCAAUGGCGCCCAGGCGGCCGCUCCGUUCGAGUUCCCGCCCAUCCGGGAGCUUGACGACGACGAGGAGACCACCGACAGCGAGGCCCCGAGGGGUUUCGAUGACAACUUCACCCCGGCCCAACAGCCGUCGGGACCGGCGCCGACGUCGAAGCCCGCUGACUCCAUCGAGCCCUCGCAGCUGGCGGCAUUCCCCACCCCGGGAUCCAUGCCCACGUCCCCCCAAUUUCCCCCGUCGCCCGGGGCCCAACAGAGCCCCCCGAACUACACGCAGAGCGUUGGAACACCGGAACCGGGGCAGGCUCCCGCGGCAUUCAACGGCCUGCUGCCCGGCCGCGGUGAUCCCACCGCUCCUCCCGACGCUCCUCAUUCGGUUGACCACGCGACGGGAGAGCCCGUGGUCGGCGGCGAAGCGCCCAAGGAGGCCCCCGCCGCCGAGCCCAGCACCGGCAAAGCCGGGGGUCCUGAUUUCGAGGCGGCCUUCGCCGGUCUGAACCUGGCGCCAGCCAAGGAAGACGACGACGAUGACACCGACACCGACACCCCCGACCAGAAGAACAACGAGGACUUUGACUUUUCGUUCGACAACCCGGCCCAGCAGCAGGCAGCCGCAGCCGCAGGCGCACAGGGCGGCAACGCCGCAGCCCCGGAUUCCUUCACCUUCGACAAGAACGCGAGCAGCACCAGUCCGUCCGCGACCACCCCGGCUCCCCCGCCCGGCGGGAGCCAGACGCAGAACCACGACUGGGAAGCGCUCUUUGCCCCGCUGGACAACGUCGCGCCGAAUGGAUCUUCGGCCGUAGACAGGUCCAAGGAGCCGGGAUGGGCGCAGAGCAACACGGAGGACGACCUGAUCCUGCAGAAGUUGACAGGAAUGGGCUUCCCUCGGGACGAUUCCCUUGCUGCGUUGGAGAAAUUCGACUACAACAUUGAUAAGGCCGCCGACUACCUCACCUCGAAAGUCUAA